CGGCAUGGGUUGUUGUGUUCUCCUCUCUUCGCCGGUGACAUCGCUUCUUCUCGGAAAGAUGUUGCGAGUGCGUCGGGACGAGAGCCCGCGCGCGCACCGCGAAGAGAUGCGCACCACCUGAACGGAGACCGGGAGCGUUGCGGCGGACACCGCCCGAGGAAAACAAGGCGGUGACGACACUUGUUUGUUUUUUAUUCAUAUUUGUAUUAUUAUUGACCAAAAUGCCUAAACCAAAACAUUGCGAGGCGGUGCGCGUGGUGGUCCGCUGCCGGCCGCUCAGCAGCAGGGAGGAGGCGGACUGCGAGAGCAUCCUGUACAUCGACGACCGACUCGGGCAGAUCACCCUCCGGAAGCCCAGGGCGCCACCUGAGGAGCCCAUGAAGGUGUUCACGUUCGACUCCGUGUUCGGCUGGGACUCCAAACAACGCGAUAUCUACGAUGACGCGGUGAGACCCCUCGUGGAGUCCGUGCUCCAGGGCUUCAACGGGACCAUUUUCGCGUAUGGACAAACCGGCACCGGUAAAACGCACACCAUGCAAGGGGUUUCCAACGACCUGGAGAUGAGAGGAGUCAUACCCAAUUCAUUCCAGCACAUUUUUACCCAAAUAUCCAGGACUCAGAAUCAGAAAUACCUGGUGAGGUCGUCGUACCUGGAGAUCUACCAGGAGGAGAUCCGAGAUCUGCUGUGCAAGGACAACAGGAAGCUGGAGCUCAAGGAGAACGCCGACUUCGGGGUCUACGUCAAAGACCUGUCCUCCGUGGUCACGAAGGACGCCGCCGAGAUCCAACACGUGAUGGACAUCGGCACGCGCUCCCGGUCCGUGGGCUUCACCAACAUGAACGAACGCAGCUCUCGCUCCCACGCCAUCUUCCUCGUCACCGUGGAGUGCAGCGAAGUGGGUCCGGACGGCGAGGACCACAUCCGCGUGGGCAAGCUGAACAUGGUGGACCUGGCCGGCAGCGAGCGCCAGAGCAAGACGGGAGCGAAGGGUCAGAGGUUGAAGGAGGCGGCCAAGAUCAACCUGUCCCUCUCGGCGCUGGGGAACGUCAUCUCGGCGCUGGUGGACGGGAAGAGCAGCCACGUCCCGUACCGAGACUCCAAGCUCACCCGCCUGCUCCAGGACUCGCUGGGCGGCAACGCCAAGACGGUCAUGAUCGCCACGGUGGGGCCGUCGCACCGGCACUUCGACGAGUCCCUCGCCACGCUGAGGUAUGCCAACAGGGCCAAGAACAUCAAGAACAAACCUCGCAUCAACGAGGACCCCAAAGACGCCCUGCUGAGGGAGUUCCAGCUGGAGAUCGCGCGCCUGAAGGGCCAGCUGGAGGAGCGAGGGAUGAUGACGAAGGAGAGGCGGAGGAUGAGGCGGAACAGCAAGAGGCUGAGCAAAAGCAUGAUGGAGGAGGAGGAGGAGAAGGAGAUGUACGGGGAGAAGGACGUGGAGAGGGAGUUGGCGGAGGCAUGGAAGACUUUUGAGGAGGAACAGGAAAAAGAUGGCGGCGGCUUCUUCGGCGGCGGCGGUGACCUCCCCCCCCCCAGGGCGCUGACGUGCCAGAGGAGCGGCGAGAGGCUGAAGCACCUGAACGACAACAGAAAGAGUUUGGUGGACAUGCACUGGGACCAGGACGCGCUGGAGAAGAUCAUCGAGAAGUAUAAGGCGAUGGAGAGCAAGCUGUUAGUGGGAGGGAAGACGAUUAUUGAUCACACCAACGAGCAGCAGAAGAUGCUGGAGCUGAAGAGGCAAGAGAUUGCAGAGCAGAUCAGACGAGAGCGUGAGAUCCAGCAGCAGAUGAUGCUGCAGGACGAGGAGGUGCUGGAGAUGAGGGAGACCUUCUCCUCCCUGCAGCAGGAGGUGGAGCACAAGACCAAGAAGCUGAAGAGGCUGUAUGCCAAGCUGCAGCUGGUGAAGGCCGAGGUGAGAGACGUGGUCGACGAGCACGUGGAAAUCCGACAGGAGCUCGAGGAGACGCACACCGAACUCACCAGGGAACUCAAGUACAACAGGACAGGGAGACGUCCACACAUAGAGACCCUCGCCGGCACGCUCAUGCACCGCAGAUAUCUCCUGAUCGAGAACUUCAUACCUCCAGAGGAGAAGAACAAGAUCAUGCACAGGCUGCACUUUGACUGCGAUGAGGACCAGUGGAGACUCCAGCCAGUCAUUCCCACAGAGAGCGGCCCCACUCAGUUCAAGAGGAGGCCCCUCUCCGCCGUGGGCCACAAGAGGCCAAUCAGCCAAUAUGCACAGAUGGCUGUUUCCACUGCCACCGGGGCCCCGUGUCGAUACCAGGCUGAGAACAUCAUGAUGUUGGAUCUCGACAUGUCUCCACCGACCAUGUUGGCCUUGAACCUGAACGGCGCUCACCUGGAGAGAGUUUUCUCUCCCGGUCUGAUGCGGGAUCUCCUGGCAACGGUUCCCAUGAGAGCGAGGAGCACCGCGGCGUCACGGGUCAGGAAGUCCCAAUCCUGGUAUCAGGCACCACAAGCAGCAGCAUCCAUCUCAUCGUCCUCAUCGUCCACCACUCUGACGUCGGGAUCUCAGAGCUUCUCUUCUCCCUCUCAGAGGCCAUCCUCUGCUUCCUAUUUCCCACGGGAACGUCCGGUUCGGACAAGCCCCUGAUGUGUGUCGCCUGUGCCCGGGGGUCGUUGGCCUUAUAGUUCAAGCUUGUGCAGAGGACUCCAGAUCUGUAUGCCUUGAUUUUAAAUUGAUGUCACAACUUUUUUCUGAGAAAGAAUUCAUUUUCGUCAGCAUGCAUUCACCAUAACCAGAUAAUUUAUCUUGGUCCCAGUCUCUGAUGAGCACAGCCGACACUUUAUCAUUUGAAACCAGAGAUAUAGUAAAUAGUUUUGAGGGUCUUAACAGUUUUUUCUAUUUUAAUUUGAUACCAUUUUUAUUUACUUUUUUUUAAUGGAAACGUAUCUGUGGAUUUAUCCUGUAUGCUUAAUGAAUUGUUGCUUCAAUUUCUUCUUGGCGAUGUCAUUGUGAGCUAAACGUGUGAAGAAAGCCUGCGAUGCUCUCUUGAUUAGCUGCCUUAUUGUUUUUCAUCGGUGUGAAAUAGUGCAAAGUCCAUUUGCUUACACAUGAAAAUAAACACGGACGUGAUCUUCAA